AUGGCAACCGACGAUGAAUCAAUCAUCCAAGAAAUAUUAGAAUUAUGCCAACAUGCGAAAAACAAAGUUGAAAGAAAACGGGAAACCUAUCUUAAAAGACUACGAAACAAAGAUUAUAGAAAGGAAAUAGAUUUUAACAAAUCAAUAUCAAUUAUAAAUUACGAUCCAAUAUUAUUCCAAUUUUGUUUACAUAAAUACAAUACAUUAUUAAAUGAUAAUAUAUUGACUAGAUUGUUUGAACAAGAGGGAGAGAGUAUAGGACACUUGGAUUUAUCCAAGUGCAAAUAUUUCACUAUUGAUGGCCUCAUUGACCAAUUUGUACGUUUGCCCAAACUGCAAUCACUCAAGAUGCAGUUUAGCAGACAGGUUGAUGCCAGUAGCAUUGCACGUCUUCUCGAGAAUACGCAUUCUACCUUUUCACAUCUCGAUAUUUCAUGCAACAUGAAUCUGCAUGGCAGCCAGUUUGUGGGUGCACCAUUGAGGGUCAAUCCACACAUUUCGUCAAUCACAGUGAUGCAUUCGCACCUCAACGACGAGGAUGGCGUGGCGUUGUUUUCGGCAUUGUCUGGUAACUCGGGUUUGCUCCAUCUCAACGCCAGUUUCAACCAGCUCGGCGACGAGUCGGUGCGGUUGUUGGCACGCAUGCUAGAGUGUGCUGGAUGCAAGAUCAAAACACUCAAUUUGGCAACCAACCAGAUUACAGACGACUCGAUGGACGCACUGAUCGAUGCGAUUGUCGGUAUUGACACGCUGUCAGAGUUGGAUAUCAGCAGCAACCGCAUUGGAGAGCGUGGAGGAGUGAGUAUUGGACAACGAUUGAUUCCACACGACCGCUCACUACGCACGCUCGUGUUGGCAUCAAAUGACAUUGGUCCGGAUGCAGGUAUGGCCAUUGGACAGGGUCUUGCGACACCAGACAUCAUGAUCGAGUCGCUCAACCUCGCACACACGCUCAUUGGCGACGACGGUGCCAUGGCAAUUGCCGGAGCGUUGCACAGCAACCGUUCACUCAAACAUCUCGACCUCAGCUUCAACUGUCUCGAGAAUGACGCCGGUUGUGCCAUCGGUGCGGCCAUUGCCAAGAACCAAGCAGUCACGACGCUACUGCUCAAACGCAACCAGUUUGGCGAGCACACUGUCAAGGUCAUUGGUGACGCGCUCAAGACCAACACAAGUCUCACCCUUCUCGACCUCAGCGGCAACCAAAUCGGGCUCAAAGGUGCCAAAUCACUCGCCUUUUCCCUACCCCUCAACAAGACGCUCGCCGACCUCGACCUCAGCUACAACCUGCUCGGCGACGCCGGUGGCAAGCUCAUCGGCGACUGUCUGGCCACCAACGCCGGUCUCGUUCGUCUCAACCUCGCCGCCAACCGUAUCGGUGUCGAGACUUGUAAAUCCAUUUCACAAUCACUUAAAAACUCCAACCUUCAAUUCAACCAUUUACCUUCCAACCAAUUUAACUUGGAUCGACAAGAUAUACCAAUUAUAAUUCAUUAUUUUUUAAGAAAUAAGAAAUCAACCUUUUUAACAUCAUCAUCACCAAAUAUACAUCAUAUUGCAUCGGGACAAGCUAGUUUGUCAAAGUUGAGAUGGAUUUGUUUGGAUUGCAACCGAGUGGGUGAUGAGGGAGCCAUUGUGUUGUCCGAAGUCAUUGCAAACAAUAGUACACUCAAAUCGAUAUCACUCACCAACAAUCAUAUUGGUGAACGUGGAGGAAAGGCUAUUGGCGAGAGUCUCAUGAUGAACACCAAACUCAUCAAUCUCCAACUCGACUCUAAUUUGAUUGGACCAGUUGGAGCAAAGUCUAUUGGAGAUGCCCUCCGUCGAAACACUACCCUUCAAAGUCUAGGACUCAGCGGUAACCGAAUCGAAGAUGAUGGUGGUCGUGCCAUCAACGAUGCUCUCUGCGACAACAACUCACUCAAAGCUCUAAUGAUUCGUAACAAUAGUUUUGGUCAAGAUCUACAAUCAUUGAUUGAAUCUUUACCUCAAAUUAGUGAAAUUUAUUAA